AAAAAAAAACUUUGUUCCAAUCAGGUAAAAUACUAAAAAAAAAAAUUAUUUAUUGCACAAUCACUCAAAUAGUAAAAAUCCUAAUCCAAGAAAAUUAGCGGCCAAAUCAAAAAAUAACCAUAUUAGUAUUACAGCACAUGUUUGCUGAUUCCUUCAUAAUCCAAAGCCAAUCCUCUUCUCUGUUUCUGGAUGUCCAAUCAUCUUCGCAGUUCUUUCGUCCAGUCGAUGAUAAUAACGGUGGAGAACGACGGAGGCGGGCGACGUUAGGGUUUGUAUUCUCUUAGACGCUUAUGGCAGUGAAGAAGGCCUGCGAAAUGUUCCCGAAGAGUUUGAUCGAAGAUGUUCACAAAUGGGGUUGCAUGAAGCAAACAGGUGUUAGCCUUAGAUACAUGAUGGAGUUUGGUUCCAAACCUACUGAGAGGAAUCUUUUGAUUUCUGCUCAGUUUCUGCAUAAGGAGCUUCCGAUUCGCGUCGCCAGGAGAGCGAUCGAACUCCAGACGCUUCCUUAUGGUCUCUCUGAGAAACCUGCCGUUUUGAAGGUGCGAGAUUGGUAUUUGGAAUCUUUCAGGGACAUGAGAGCAUUUCCUGAGAUUAAGGAUUCGGGUGACGAGAAAGAAUUCACUCAGAUGAUUAAGGCUGUUAAGGUAAGGCACAACAAUGUGGUUCCCAUGAUGGCUUUAGGUGUUAAUCAGCUCAAGAAAGGAAUGAAUUCCGGAAAUCUUGAUGAGAUUCAUCAGUUUCUUGAUCGCUUCUACUUGUCCCGAAUAGGGAUCCGUAUGCUUAUUGGGCAGCAUGUUGAGUUGCAUAAUCCAAAUCCACCACUUCAUACAGUGGGUUAUAUACACACAAAGAUGUCUCCUAUGGAGGUAGCAAGGAAUGCCAGUGAAGAUGCUCGCUCAAUUUGUUUCCGAGAGUAUGGUUCUGCACCGGAAAUAAACAUAUAUGGCGAUCCCAGUUUCACCUUUCCGUAUGUUCCAACGCAUUUGCAUCUUAUGAUGUAUGAGCUAGUCAAGAACUCUCUACGUGCUGUCCAAGAGCGAUUUGUUGACUCUGAUAGAGUUGCACCACCAAUCCGCAUUAUAGUUGCAGAUGGAAUUGAAGAUGUUACAAUAAAGGUCUCAGAUGAAGGUGGAGGUAUAGCGAGAAGCGGUCUUCCCAAAAUAUUCACCUAUCUUUACAGCACUGCAAGAAACCCGCUUGAGGAGGAAGUCGAUUUAGGAACAGCUGAUGUUCCGGUGACUAUGGCUGGGUAUGGUUACGGUCUUCCAAUUAGUCGCUUGUAUGCUCGAUAUUUCGGUGGAGAUUUGCAGAUCAUAUCCAUGGAAGGAUAUGGGACUGAUGCUUACUUGCACUUGUCUCGCCUUGGAGAUUCGCAAGAGCCUUUACCCUGAGAACAUCUCCAUGUCAGGCAAAGUAAAGAAAGCUUUGACAUAUUAAUGGUAGAUGAGGGAUAUCUACAUUACUCAAUUAUUAAUGCUUUUCCAGUUUCUUCUAAUGUACAGACAUUAUUAUUCUCAUUAUGCUUUCUUGAUUAUAGACCCAAAAGUGAGUUACUCUCCUAUGAUUUGUUUUGAUUCGAUUCAAAACCUUGUACUUCUUCGGUACAGUCUCUUUUCUUGGAUCUGAAAUCAGGAAAACAUUAUUGGUUUAUAUUCGAUAAAACAGUUGAAGAAGGUCCUGGAUUUGGAUCGGUUACUUAA